UGCAGUGGUGUCACUCCUUGACCUAGAACAAAUGUAUGAGGUCUAAGAUGCCUAACAGUUUUCUUUCUUCUCCAUAACUUUUGCAGGUAUUGGGGCUGCUGGUGUGGACCCUGAUUGCUGGAACAGAAUACUUUCUAUAUCCAGCCUUCGGCUGGGUGAUGUUUGUAGCUGUGUUUUACUGGGUUCUCACUGUCUUCUUUCUGAUCAUCUACAUGACAAUGACCUACACUAGGAUCCCCCAGGUGCCAUGGACCAUGGUGGGUCUGUGCUUUAAUGGAAGUGCCUUUGUUUUGUACCUCAUUGCUGCCAUUGUAGAUGCAUCUUCAGUUACCAAAGAUCUGGACAGUCACAAUUACAACAGCUGGGCAGCUUCUUCUUUCUUUGCCUUCGUGGUUACCUCCUGCUAUGCUGGAAAUACGUAUUUUAGCCUUAUAUCCUGGCGAUCACGGACUUUGCAGUAAAUAUUUUGUUAAAAUGAAUUCUGUAAUAUAAAAUAUCUUGAGGAUUAUUCACUUUUGAUAAAAGCUUGGAAGAGGGGUGAGGUAUUUUUGAACAUUUCUGUUAGAACUGACACACUACAAACUGAGAUCAAAUGAUUAUUUAUAAUAAUGCCAUCUUUAGAGACAUCUAACACUGACUUUUUACUGUAUAAUAAAAUUUCAUACUGCUUCUUUUAAAAUUAACAUGAUAUUUUUCUAGACAUUGUAUAGUUGUCACUACUAAACCUUUAAUAAAUCUUAUUCAAUUUGCCACACUUGUAAAUGUAACUUUUUAAAUGUUACAGUUAUUCUUUUGAUACUGAGUGAUACAAAUCAAAACUUAAGAUUGAUAGUCUCAUUAUUAUGUAUAAAAAGUGUCAUUGUGUAGAAAAAAAGCAUUUGAAACUUUAAAAAUAAAUAAACAAAAUGACCGAACUGU